AUGAUUAAAACUAAAUAUGUAAUAUUAUUAUUUUUAAGUUUAAUAUUAAAUUUUAAAAUACAAAAUUUACACGGACAUAGAGCUGGGAAAACCUUAAUUUUUCCGCCAACAUCACCAACAAGAGUUCAAUUUAUUUAUGGUAUAGGUAUACCAUUAGAGGAUCUUGACGUAGAGAGUUUAACAACUGGUUAUGUUUUAAAAGCAGAAUAUUUUCUUCCAACGAAAGCAGAAGAAUUUCGUCCAACUCAAUUAACACCUCAGGAUAUUGGUUAUUAUCCAAACUCUAAACGAGAUCUUUCAAAAUACAAUGAUGCAAAAGACAAAGAAAAUAUUGACCCUAUUGGAUUAUUUAAUAUUAAACAGAGUCGAAGGAAAGCAAAAUUGUUAUCAAAAUAUCGUUGGGCCGUAUACGAAAGCUUCGAAGUUCUACUGAAAAGGGCUGGAUAUGAUGGAGAAGCUUGCUUAUUACGUAGUAUAUGUGAAAUAGCAGCUGUUCCAUUUCAUCCGAAUAGCGGUUUGAUGGCCGAACUAAUUCACAUAUUAAUGAGUCCAUCAACAUCUUGUGACGUGCUUGGUAAACACAAACAAAAUCAAUUUUAUAAGGCUGAGAUACUGGGUAAACAAGGCGAACCAUGUGAAAUUAUUUUCAAGGAAUGCCAAGCAUCUGUUUUAGAAAAAUUCACUUUUAUUAGAGAUUUGUUUAAUAUGUUUGGUUAA